CGUGUCCUGCUAGCUUGGCUUCUUCAACAUGGCGGCGCCCGUGGAGGUGGAGGUGGAGUUCGGAGGCGGUGCAGAGCUCCUGUUUAAUGGAGUAAAAAAACAUCAAGUCACCUUACCUGGGCAAGAGGAACCCUCCCUGGCUAUCUCGGAACUUACUCUGUAGACCAGGCUCACCUAAAACUCAGAGAUCGCCUGAAGAACUCUGGGAGUUGCUGGGAUUAAAGAUGUAUGAGGUCACUGACUGGCUGUACACUCUCCUGUUUCUGUUACUGACGUCUGGCUUCCAUCCCAGGAAGGAGACCAUGCUCACAGGAGGAGAAGGAAGACAGUGGGAAGGGAACAUCCGGAACCUCCUUGUCUGGAUCAAGAAGAAUUUGCUAAAAGAGCGGCCAGAGCUGUUCAUCCAGGGAGACAGUGUGCGGCCAGGAAUCCUGGUGCUGAUUAAUGAUGCCGACUGGGAACUGCUGGGGGAGCUGGACUACCAGCUGCAGGACCAGGACAGCAUCCUCUUCAUCUCCACACUGCACGGCGGCUGAGGGCUCUUCUGUGAGCCCAAGCACCUUUGCAAAGGGAGCACAGGACAACCACAGCUCUCCUCGGGCUCUGCUUCCAGGUCCUCAGUCUCCCUUGGCUGCCUCCUUCCCUGCUGUACCCCUGAGUCUUCUCUAGGCAAGGAAAAGAGGCCAGGUGCUAAAAAUGAGCCUUUCUGGGCAAGGCACGUGAGCAGGGAGGGAGAGCAGACGCCUGAGCCCAGAUCUCCCAGCAGCUGAGGUGGGGGAGGGUACUCCUGUGAUGUGUCAGGAGUGGAGGGGGGUCUAUGCCCAGGUGACCCAGCUGCUUGCCACUCCUGUCUUGGUAUAACUAAGCACUGUGUGAGUGCCUGGAAGGCACUCCAGUUCCACAGCCGUCUUCGUGGAGAAGAUGGAUGGACUGGAGUAACUGAUGAGAAGCCCCUCCCUUGCCAAAGAUUAGAGGGGCCUCCGCCUCAGUUUCCCCAUCUGGACACAGAGGGCUCUGCCUGUCCCCCACUGAUAUCAUUAUGGAACCCCAGCUGGGGUCCCCUAUUCAGUGCUCACCUCCCUCCCCUCUACCCAGCAGCUGCUCUCCUAGCCACAUACUCCUCCUCCUGUCGCCCCCCCCAUCCCAGCCCUUGACCCUGACUGGCCUCCCCCCCACAUAGGCCACCAGAUGGGCUCCUGAGACACUCUCCAGGCUGCCCACAACUCAUUCUGCUUGGGGUAGAGAAUGAAAGGAAGUAGCCUAACCUUAGGGGCUGGGGCGUCAGCGUAUGCAACUCCUAGCUUCCUAAAACAAGCAGGGUUUGGGGGUACAGCGCCUAGUAGACAGAGGGCUUUCCUCUUUCCCUUUCCUCCAUCCCUUCUGGAAGUCUGGGGACCUUAUGUCUGCAACAGCUGGCCUUGGGCAAAUAAAAAGACUAGUUUGUUUACUA